AUGAAUAUUCUUAUUAGGUUUAAUAAACGACAAGAAGAUUUUCAGAAUUUACGUUUAUACAAUGAUUACUUGGAAAUGGUUGAAGAGAUCGCGUGGAAUCUUAUCAAUGAAGUGAACAAAAAAGAAACCGAAGCUUUGAUUGACAAAUUUGCUAAUGAAAAUAAAGAAAUAAUAGCUCAUAAUAAACGAAAACAAGAUGAAGAAACCAAAAUGGUAAAUUAUCUUAAUGAAAAGGAGAAAUCAGAAAAGCGUUUGAAAUUUGAAAAUUACAAAAAAGAAUUGGAUGAAGAGAAAAAAAGAAGGGAGAAACAUGAAGCCGAAUUAAUCGAAGAACUGGCUAAUUCAAAAGGUUCUGCGGCCGAUAUUCUAGCAGAAAAGAAGGCCAUGAGAGAAAGUUCCCGUAGUCAAGAACUUAGUAAUUCACAAAUUUAUCCUUCACCAAGAGAUAAUCAUCUUGGUUCAUGGUAUAAUAAUAAUAUAGAACCAGUAGAAGAUACAUCAGAAUUUGAUCCAAUUUCCUCCGAAUAUUUGGACAUUGAUUGUUAUACACUCAAAGACAAAUAUUAUGAUCCGUAUCCUUUCUUUUCUUUUACACGAGAUUCAUCUUUAAUAGAGAUCAUUCCUUAA